AUGGCUACCAUUACUGCUGAAGACCGAAUCGAACGGUUCAGAUCAUGGCUUGAGACCAAGGCUACACCACAGAAGACUGCAGGUCUUAAGCCAGGCAGUAACCUACUCCUCGCUUCAGCACUUCACGGCAUCGCUCGCCGCGGCAAGGGUCAUGAACUGACAGACCUCGAAAACUUGGCUGUCAGACCUUUUAUAAUCAUGACGGAGAGCGAAGAGGAAAUCGUUGCUCUGGGCCAGAUCUGCUCCGAGGCCAAGGCUGCUGCCCGCUCUCGCAACUUUGCUGCCUUCAACGCCCCAAAUGGUAUCAUGAGCAUGCCUGAUGAUGCACCUCUUACCAGGGAGCAGUUCAAUGAUCAGGUCAGAGAGCUUGGAGAGGAAACGGUUCUCCAGCCUCAUAUCCGGGCGGUGUCGUCCGAACAAGUUCAACCCGAUGGCACAAUUGAACCAACUGAAACAUUCGUGACUGCUUCCUCAGCUCUCGGUCGAGGUGUCACCAUGUUUAUUGAUCCUCCCCCAGAAAAGGUUGAUGUGACCGACACAGGCUAUGUGCGCGUCUGGCUGAAACCGGAAAUCUUCAAGUGCUACAAAAAGUCUGGCGAACUCGGUAAAGAUGAGAUUUACUUCUCAUGGGGAUGGGGAGAUGAUCAAAAUCACGGCAUUUCGCACAAGACUCCCGAAUUCGGGUCUGUCGUUACUGGCACGAUACGGAAUUUCCCAUCUAACACGCCUGAUCUGCAUCAAGGCAACGUCAGUCAAGCUGUUUGCGGGACUAUUAUUUGUUGGGAAGCCGACCAGAGCUCUUCUGAUUGGUAUGAUAAGCUUAUUCAAGCGAUGAGGGAACUGUCCAGCCUGGCAAAGUCGUUGACUCACGAUGUCGGCAAUGAUGCCUUGAACGCGCUCAUCGUACAGCUCCCCGGCUUCAGUCAAUACGCAGAAAUGGCAUUUUGGAUCGAGAAUGUUGCCAUGAUUAUCGGGGCAUUCCUUGAUUGGUUCCGAAACCAUGAUGAUAAAGUGGCGGAGCACAACUAUGGUUUUAAUAGGCAGUUUCUCCGUAACUAUCAACAUCCUGAUGCGUUUAUCGAUUUUUCUUUUGAUGGAGGAAGUGGUGGAAAAUUUAGUCUGUUUGCUCGGGCUCUCAUCGGUCCAGACAUGGGAUAG